CAUCAAAAUGCGUAGUUUUUUAAAUUUGUUGAUUCACUGCGAAAAUAACAUUUGGAAAGUACAAAGUUUUAUGAGUCGUGAUUGUGACGGCCUGGAAACAAGUUUUCAUACAUAGAAUUGUGUUUCAAAAAGGAGAAAAGGCCAUACGUUUCAAAAGGCAUAUGAAAGUGACUGUACUGGCUUUUUUGAAGCAAAACUUACGACAGCUGAUCAUUUUAAAAACAAUGACGUUUCAGUUUUUUUGGAUGGAAUCGAUACCUUGCCUUAACUACAAAGUAAACUCGUUCACUCACAACACGAGUUCUUGUUAAAAGUGAAACACACAACUUUAAAAUUGGGGCUUCUUAUUGCAAAAAUAUAAAAAUGAUGGUAACAGAUCAUACGAAGGAGCAAAUUUCUACUAUGUAUCAAAUGGCAAUCAGUGAUUCUUGGUUACUUGCGAAACAUGAUAUAACCAUAAAUUUAUCAACUUUUUCUCAGUGCAUGUGCCUUGGAGAUAUUUUUGACUCGUCUACCAAUGAACUUAUCGUUGCUGAUUUUAGUCAAUACUUCGAAAAUAUUCAUUCUAAUUUAGGAGGUUUUGAAUUCAAAAUCAAGAUAUUUAAGGGGACUAAACUCAUCAAUGAAUUACCAUACAUUGAAGCUCCUUCUGGAAUUAUUCCAUUUAAGUGUAAAGGGAACGACAAACAUUGUCUAGAUUUAGCUAUUGCUGCUGGACCAUUUAUUUAUGUCUACUGUAAAUUAUCAUCAUAUUAUAAAUACACUCUACCUUCAUUGGAACCUAAUUUGGAUCAACUCAAACUAUGGGAACAAGCUAGAGAGGGUAAUUUAACACCAGAGGAAUUACGUGAAAAACUUAAGCAAAUUGGAUCUGAAAUGCAUAAGCUAACUUCAAGAUCUAUACGGUAUCUACAAUUACCCGGCGACCUAUUACACGAAUUUUUCAACACUUAUCGAAUGAUUCCACUUCAAAAGCAAACUGUAGCAACGUGUUUGACUAAAAUGAGUAAACAACACAGUGGACCUAAUUCCUGGGACUGUUUAAUCGUUGGCACAGAAUCCUGUUUUGUUUAUAUUUACGAUUGUGUAUCACAUAAUAAUUUAUGUGAGGUUGCGUUACCAUCUGUUCCAGUUCAUUUAAACGCAAUAGGAUCCUUCGAUAUUGACUAUCAUAUUUUAGUGACAUGUCGUAACGGAAUAAUUUACUACAUAAAACGUGGAGAAGCCAACGCUAAGGUUUAUGUUGAAACUGGGUCACAGAUUAUCGGUUUACUUCGUACAGAAAAAGCUGUUAUAGUUGCUUGUAUGGAUCAAACAGUUAAAGGAUUUUCACUGGAGGGUCGACCAAUUUGGAGAGUAAGACAUUCGUGCGAAAUUUUAACAAUAACUCCAAUGAAUUUUAAUAGUUCAAACAAUAGAAAUCAUGAAAUUUAUUAUAUCAUAUGUUUAUCAGAUGGUUCAGUCCAGAUCUACUGUGAUCAACAUUUAUGUGACAAAUGCAUCAUAUGGGUUCCUUCUACUCAGAAUACUAGCCCUGAGGAUAAUAAUAGUAAUCCUCCAAACAAUAUUACAUCUGGUAAUUCAGGUACUAUUAAGGUGACAGAAACUGAACAGAACAAUAAUCAAUCACGUAAACUAAUUGGUUAUCACUUAGCGAAACCUGAUCCAAUUGUCGCUUGCUGUUUUGGGAAAUAUGACAGAGAAAUCAAUACACUAAUACUUGUAUCUCAAGCUGGGCACAUGUUAAUCUUAAUUGCUAAACGUACAGCUAAUUUUAUUCCGAUGGAUGUGAUUACCUCUCGUACAAUCGGUAAACUUGAUAAUUUGAAUAUCCCUAAAAAAUCAAAUUUAUAUAUGGAUUUAACAACUCGUGAACAAUUAAAUGCACCGCAAAUGUAUCGUCAAUUUGUGAAUGAUUUACGCUUUGUAAAGCGAUCAAUUUCAUCCACCUUUCUUAAUAUGUUAGAAAAUCAUUCUAAUCCUAUUCCGAUUUCUGGUUAUGGUGAACAAAUUAAAUUAAAUGUCCAGGUUCAGGGUCUUGGACCUGAAUUUACUUUGAUUUGUGAGAUAGUUCAAAUAAAAAGCAAUACAAUGUCAACUUUGAAGGGUUUGUAUAUUUUAAUAUUAUUCAAUGCUUCAGUUUAUCAAGUGAAUCCGGUUUUGAUUCCAGUAAGUUGGACUUUUAUUUAAUUGGUUAAAGCUGGAUUUCAAAUAAAGUUUUAAUAAUAUCACAUACAUUUUUAUAAUUUCGGUACAUCGAAAGUUUGAGACACUGUUUUCUUAGGUGAUAUGUAAGCUUCUGCAAUAUUCAUCUCUUUAACUCAACACGAGAAUAAAAGAAGAAAUAUUUUGGAAGCUUUAUUAUCGAGUCAGAUUUAGUUAUGAAAAUCAGGGGAUAUUUAUACGAUUACCGGUAAUUAUGCUGUCCUAGAAACGUUAAGAAAACAUAAUUAUGAUAAUAAUCGUUUAGAUUAUUGACCAAUCAUACUAGGAAAGAACUUAAAUGAAUUGGCUUCUAAACGUUCUUAAGAAUUUUUCACUAAAACUGAUCGGAUAUAUGUAAAGUCAGGUAUUCUUCGGCUUUCACAUAACAUAUAUGAUCAGUCUUAGAUGUCCCUUAUCAUUUUGUAGAUUAAAUGUUGAAAGUCUUAGGUAUUUCAAAAAUUUAGUUUAUAUUAAACAAACCUUGAUUAGUACUUGAAUCCGGUUUGAGACACUUAAAUCUUUGGUUGGCUUUAGAAGGAGUAUAGAAUACCUAAUGUUUAAUAGUUUCAAGGUAUGAUGGACAACUAGUUUUUAUUACUAUUUUGACUAAAAUUUUUUUUUUCUGUAUUAACUAAUUGACUGAAUUGUUCUGUUUGAAAUUUAUGCCACUCGAUUUUUAAAGAAGGCCAAGAGAUUGGAUAAAACGAUCAUGCUUUUAAUUACCAUUAUAUUGUAUUCAACAUUUUUUGGAUCAAGACUUUAGCAGACCUUUGUCUUAACUGUAAAUUAUUUGUAAUGCAAGGUGAACUGAAACUCCUGAAAAUAGAUGUUCCUAAUGUCAGAUAAUCAAUCAAAUGCUGUAAAAGAAGGGCAAUGAAACGUUACUGCUGACAAGUUGUUUGCCGUUAGCAACAACCAUCUUUUUAUCUUACAAAAAUAGAAUUUUUGCUAAUUAAUUUACCGACUGUGGCCAAUUUUAGCAUCAAUUACUGGUCUAUGUAUCUAUAUUUAUCUCAUUUUUAUUAGUUGCACAGUUUGACUAAAUAAAUUUAUAGUAACAAAACGAAAAUAAUCACGGGUCUAUUCUAUACACGAUAUGUGAUCUAUUUAUCAAAACCGAGAUUUAAUAGGGAGUUAGAUGAUUCAGCCCAAUCUAUUUAAAACGUAAUUAAAUCCCCACUGUUUAUGAUCUUUGUUAAUAACUACUUAUUCUGGUGUUUUGUUAUUAAUCAUCCCAGUUGGCUACAAUUUAUCCUUGUUUCAAAUACCGUUACACUUCUUCCAUCACUUUGAUUCAUGAAAUAUUAAAUGAAGAAGAAAUAAAGGUUCUUGUUAUCAAUAAGCAAAGUUCUAAUCCAAUAAUUUCUUCUUCAGUGAAAAUGCCAAUCAGUGAACUAUCGAUGGGAUAAUUUAAUAUAUAAUUUAAUGAUGUUAAACUGUUAGAAAUGUACAGAUAUCCCACUCUUGUUAAUAAAUUUUUAUAGCUAG